UCUUUAGCUAGCUCAUCCAAACCAUUCUUCACCACAACACCAUCCUAGCAUCUCUCUCUCUCUCUAUUUCUCUUCCUUUUUUUCCAUUCUAUUUUUCAUGGUCAUGGGAGUCUUUCGUUGUUUCGAACCAAUCUCCAAAUGUAGCACAAAAGAAAGAUCAAACCAAACCGUGGCUUCAGAUUUAGAUGGAACCCUUCUCGUAUCUCGAAGUGCUUUCCCUUAUUACAUGCUCAUUGCUCUUGAAGGUGGUGGCAUCUUAAGAGCACUAGUCCUUCUAGCCUCUGUCCCCUUUGUAUACUUCACGUACCUAUUUAUCUCCGAAACCGUAGCCAUUAAAACAUUGAUCUUCAUUACCUUCGCGGGUCUAAAGGUCAGAGAUAUUGAGCUUGUGUCAAGGUCAGUGUUGCCAAGGUUCUAUGCAGAGGACGUUCAUCCAGAGACAUGGAGAGUGUUCAAUUCCUUUGGUAAACGAUACAUUGUCACCGCUAGCCCAAGGUUGAUGGUGGAGCCUUUUGUUAAGACCUUUUUGGGAGCUGAUAAGGUGCUUGGGACAGAACUAGAGACAACUAAAUCAGGAAGGAUAACAGGGUUUGUUAAGGAACCUGGUGUACUUGUUGGUGAGCACAAGAAAACAGCUCUUGCGAAGGAAUUUGGCCCUCAUUUACCAGAUUUGGGACUGGGAGAUAGUGUUUCUGACCACCAAUUCAUGUCAAUUUGCAAGGAAGGAUAUAUGGUACCAAGGACAAAGUGUGAGCCAUUACCAAGAAACAAGCUUCUAAGCCCAAUUAUAUUUCAUGAGGGUCGAUUAGUUCAAAGGCCAACCCCUUUAGUUGCACUCUUGACCUUCCUAUGGAUGCCAAUUGGUAUUAUACUCUCUAUCUUAAGGGUCUAUCUCAACAUCCCUUUACCUGAAAGAAUUGCUUGGUACAACUAUCAGCUGCUAGGAAUAAGAGUCAUUAGGAAGGGUACCCCUCCACCAGCACCAAAGAAAGGUCAAAGUGGAGUCCUAUUUGUUUGUAACCACCGUACUGUUUUAGACCCAGUGGUUACAGCAGUUGCACUUGGAAGAAAAAUUAGCUGUGUCACAUACAGUAUAAGCAAAUUCUCUGAACUAAUUUCACCAAUCAAAGCUGUGGCACUCACAAGGGAAAGAGAGAGAGAUGCUGCCAACAUCAAGAAAUUGCUUGAAGAAGGUGACUUGGUGAUUUGCCCUGAAGGUACCACUUGUAGAGAACCAUUUCUUUUGAGGUUCAGUGCACUUUUUGCUGAACUAACAGAUAGGAUUGUCCCAGUUGCUAUCAACACAAAACAAAGUGUGUUUUAUGGAACAUCAAGUCGUGGCUAUAAACUGUUAGACCCUUAUUUUGUGUUCAUGAAUCCCAUGCCCACAUAUGAGAUCACUUUCUUGAACCAGUUACCCUCAGAGCUUACCUGCAAGGGUGGGAAAUCUGCAAUUGAAGUUGCAAAUUACAUUCAAAGGGUUCUUGCUGGGACUUUGGGGUUUGAGUGCACCAGUUUAACAAGGAAGGACAAGUAUGCUAUGCUUGCAGGAACAGAUGGAACUGUUCCAUCUAUAAAGAAGGCUUGAAAUGAAGAGGGACAAAGUAAAUCCCUUAAAAUUUCUCUUUUGGUUGUCAAGUGUUUCCAAAAUGCUUGGAAUUAUCAUAGUAAUAAAAACUCAAUGUGUUUUAUGCCCAUAUAAAU